GUGUGUGUGACAUAACUGUUAUGCCUUUCAUUUUCUAACAAAGGAAAAACAAUAUCACAAUCACCGCAUAAAGAUAUUUGAGAACCAAGUGGUGGGCAAGACUGUCCGUCGGGUUUGUUUACGUUUUGGCAAGACGAGGCUCAGAAGGAAACACUGCCAAUAUUUCCACAAUUCCAUGAAAAAUACGUGAACAGAUACGUAAACCCGAGGGAAGCAUCAGGAGGCCAGUAGGUGUAGGCAUGGCAGUCCCUGUAGCUGUUUGAUGGGAAGAAUGGUACUUGUCACACAGCGGCUGGCACCAGACUCAUCCUGACACACAGCAGGAGACACCAGCCAAGAGGGAGGACCACACAGCACACAUGGAUGGUGAGGACAGUGCCACGGACGUGCCACAGUUGGAUGUGGUACAUAUAUCCAUUGAGGACGCCAGGGACUCCAAGACCUGUGUGGGGCCUGACAGAGACACUCUGGCGCUCAUGAUACAGGAGCACAGGGAGGUGAUGCACAACCUUGCCAAGAUACAAGGCAAGUCUGCAAAGAGCCUGGUGAUGAGUGUAGCCAAGUACGAGGCCAUCGUGCACCACCUGCAGCACCCGGAGUUCAAGGUGGAGCCACACUUCAAACACUGGGUCAAGACACGUAAAUUCCAACUCCUUGACUUGCCAGAGGAAGAUGAGAGACAAGUGCUUGUUAUAGCCAAAGAUAAGGUUGAUAAGUGGGGCUUCAGUUCCUCCUUCCUCCGAGUGGUCCAUGCCGGCCACCUCUCAGAUCUGGUGUACAAGACUCAUGCUGAGGAACUCCAGCACUGUGGCUACAAGAGAGUCCUGGAGAAGCUUCAGAGGCAGUACUUUGGAGUGACUCGUGUCUAUGUGCAGGAGUUUUGUAAGAGCUGUCCUGUGUGUAAGUUGAAGCCACACCAGUCAGCUCAGAUGGGGCCUCAGGGACAGACCCCAGAAACACGAACACAGCCAAGGGUGGAGCGGCAUGGGUUCUUCCAAGACACAGCUCACAUUGACCUCAUAGACAUGCGGCACUCGCCCGACGGAGAGUACCGGUACAUCGGCCACUUCAUGGACGAGUACAGUCGCUUCCACGUGCUCUUCCCCAUGAAGCGCAAGGCUGCCCCCGAACUCUCCCGUCUCCUAGAGGAGCGAGUUCUUGGCUACUUUGGUCCCCCUAAAGUCUUUUAUGCCAGUGAGGGGGUGGAGAUAGUGAACCGUCUCGUCACCACAACACUGGAGAAGUGGGACGACAAGGUGACAUUUGUGGACAGGCACUCACGGAACUCUCGUUCGGGCCGGGUGAUGGAACGUUCCCGACAGGUAAUACUGGAGCGCCUCAUUGACAUCCGGGAGAACGAGAUGGACGGCAAAGGGGCCAAGCAUUACCCCUGGGCAUCUUGGCUUCCUCGGGUCAUGUUCACCAUCAACAGUGAGUGCCAGGAAAGUGCCAAAGACUCACCUUACUUCUCAGUGUAUGGCUGCAGCUCCCCAGUCUUGAUGUUCACUGAGGAGAGGUGCCAGGGCAGGGAGGAGGCCUUUGACAGUGACUGUGAGCAGGAAUCAGAUGUAAGAGAAAGGGAUGGGGUUUAUUGGCCCUCUGAGGCAGCACCAGCCACAGGGGGUGAGGAGGAAGCAUGUGUAAUGGACUCAGGACUUGACACCACCUUACAGGAGCAGGACCACAACUACAUCACCACCACCACUGCCACUAGUAAGAGGUUUAAAAUGGAGCCGCCAGACUAUGAUGAGGAGGACUGAGCUGGGUUCUCUCCCUCCUGGCUGGUCUCUGGCUCACAGCAUCAGGUAACAUUAAAUAACAGGACUGCAACUCAUGGAUUGAGUCCUGACCUCAGACUGCAGUCCCUUUGGGUGUCAAGAAUGUUGGCACAGUCACCACAGUGUGGCUUAACCAGCUCCCUGAUGUGACAGAAACACCUGGCUGCUCCUCAAGAUUCAAGAGGGAUGGAUGUGUUAUUUGGUGACAUUAAUAUUUUAUCCUGAUCCACACAUUUUGUUUUUUUGUAUGCAUGUACUUAGUGCAUGGAACAUCAGCCUGCCAGAUCCCCAAGCUUCACUCAUUGUUAGUAUUUAUUUAUUUAUUUAUUUAUUUUUAUUUUUUUCCAGGGGAAAGAGGAAGAAAAAUUAUAUAUAUAUAUAUAUAUAUAUAUAUAUAUAUAUAUAUAUAUAUAUAUAUAUAUAUAUAUAUAUUAAAAAGCACUCCGCAGCUGCGUUACCUAAAAAAAAAGAAAAAAAAUUACAGAAAACAUCUGAAGUAUGGGAAACGUUUUGAGAACUGUAUUUUCUUGUGUGUAAUAUUUGUAGGCCAUUUUUGCCUUAAAAUUUUACACAUAAUGAGUUAAAUAAAGACAAUGACAAGGCAGUAA